AUGAAGUCCUCUGUCUUCAUUCUCUCUCUGCUCCUCAUUCUGGAAAGACAGGCAGCUGUGGUUGGACAGUAUGGUGCGACAAAAGGUCACUUUCAGAGCAGCUCCACAGGAUUUAUGCUUGGUCAGAAAGGCCAUCUCAAUUUCGGGAUCAAAGGAGGAAGUGAUGAAGCAGCUGAAGAAAGCAUUUUCAUGCAAUCCCAACACCGGGUGUUCGGCCAGGAUGGUAGUGACAUGACACAGACACGGGUUUCACAAGAGCAUACAGCUGUAAAAGGGGCUGCACUUUGUCGUAAUGGACAAGUAUCCCAACUGAAAUCCCAAGAAUCCCAAAUAAAAUCCUUUGGACAAGUAAAAUCCAGUGGUCAACUGAAAUCUGGAGGAUCAUCCUUUGGGCAAGUUAAAUCCAGUGGGUCCCAAGUAAAAUCCUUUGGACAAGUGAAAUCCAGUGGAUCCCAAGUAAAAUCCUUUGGACAACUGAAAUCCAGUGGAUCCCAAAUAAAAUCCUUUGGACAAACAAAAUCCCAAAGUGGUCAACUAAAAUCAUAUGGGCAACUGAAAUCCAGUGGAUCCCAAAUAAAAUCCUUUGGACAAACAAAAUCCCAAAUAAAAUCCCAAAGUGGCCAAAUGAAAUCCUAUGGACAAGUAAAAUCCCAAAGUGGCCAAAUAAAAUCCUAUGGUCAAAGAAAAUCCUAUGGUGAAGAAGCUCAACUGAGCUCUUUUGGCCAACUGAAAUCCCAAGAUGCUCAACUAAAAUCCUAUGGUCAACAAAAAUCCCCAAAACAAUCCUCCUUUAGCCAAGUAAAAUCUCAAAGUGCCCAACUAAAAUCCUAUGGCCAACAAAAAUCCCUCAAAGGUUUUUCUCAACAAACUCAACAUAAAGGAUUUGCCAUGGAUGAAGAUAUGUCACAAGUGCGGAAACAAUUUAGUGACGAUGACCUCUCUGUACAACAGAAGUCUACUCAACAGAUGAAAACAGAGGAAGACUUAUCCCAAUUUGGACAACAGCGACAAUUUGGACAAGAACGCUCACAAUCCUAUAAAGGAUAUCUUGAGAAAUACAGAAAGAAAUUACAAGAACAACAACAUCAAAAUUUUAAUCAGGAUAGCUAUUUUACAAAGGGAGGGGCAGGCCUUUAUCAAGCUCAACUUAAGGGAUAA